GUCGGGCGUCUCCUUCUCUUUCAGGCCUCCUUUUACAACCAAUCGCAAGGCAAUUUUUAUUAUGCGAAAUCAUUAAUCUAUGAUCACACCUUCGAUGAAUAAGAAAUAAAGAGGACCUCACCAGUCGCUGGCACCAGUGACGUGUCCCUUAUUCGAUCAUUGAAACGCGUCUCGAUCGUAUAAAGCGUCUACAAUAUCUUUCAAACUUAUUACUUCACUUCCCACACACAUACAUGGCUGAGCAUCACAACCAACACCAUGGCCAUGGCCACGACUUCGCUAAGGCCAACAAAGACCAUUUCGACAAGGACUCCCACACAUAUGACGAACUACAUAAGGUAAAGGAGGUGACAGAAAAGGAAGCCAAAUAUAUUCUCUCAGAAGGAUGGUCCUUCAAUCCAGAAUCGACGACUGUUUUGAAUUUCGCGUGCGGUACAGGUUUGUUGGAGAGAGACCUCGUUGCCUACUGCAAGUCUAUUCAAGGCGUCGACAUCAGCCAAGGCAUGGUCGACCAAUACAACAAGAGAGCCGAAACCCUUGGAGUCACUUCCAAGAUGAACGCAGUCGUUUGCGAGCUCAAGGGUGUAGCAGAGGAGCUGGAAGGGCGCAAAUUUGAUGUCGUCCUAUGCACCAUGGCUUAUCAUCACUUUGAAUCCAUCGAUGAGAUCACCCGCAUCCUCGCCUACUUCCUCAAACCUGGAGGCGCCCUCUUAGUCACCGACCGAGUGAGCUCGGAUGCGGAGUUGAAAAUUGAGGACGUUCCGGAGAAUUACGAAGCUAUCGUUCCACACAAGGCGGGUUUCUCGGAAGAGGAGAUGAGGAAACUGUUUGAAGGCGCUGGACUGGGAUCGUUCUCGAUGAAUGUUAUUCCUGGCGUUACCAUGGACGAUAUUCUCCCGGGCUUGAUAAACCAGAAGUUGUUCUUGGCUAAAGGUGUUAAACCGCUUUAGGUAGGAAAUCAGGUAGCUUGGGGACCCACUGCGGUCUACUGCGGUUUGUACAUUUGUAUAAUUAUGGGUCCUGAGUACAAGUAUAGUGGGAAAGCAUCGUAUUUUCCGCAGUCUUUGGGAUGACGAUGUUAAAACCCGGAUGAUCUCCGAAUCCCGUGAGUAUUUUACAGGAACAGCAUUUUGAGUAUACAGAUACGAGUUCCGCGAGUACCUAAUAAAGCGGCUUGCCAGGGUAUAUUCGCAGGCAUGAUCUGGCCCGCUUGGUACACCC